GCGCGGAAACACAGGAAGGCCAAGGGAGAGGCGCGUUUUCUUUCAAGCCAUAAAAAAAGCCUGAGAAUGAAGCUGGAGAUUCUCUGCAGCUCGCUGCUGCUGCUGCUCAUCUUCAUGCCAAGUUGUUGUCAGGGAAGCAACAUCUUGGUCCUGCCAGUUGAAGGCAGCCACUGGAUUAACAUGGAUGUCAUACUUCACGCUCUGCACUCCAGAGGACAUGACAUCACAGUCCUGCGAUCCACCAAGUCCUGGUACGUCAAGGAGAACGCCACCCACUAUAAAACCAUCACUGUGAAAGUGGAGAAGGCCUUAGAUGAAACAAUGAUAAGCAAAGUCAUUCAUGAUUUCAUCGCUUAUGACCGUGGAGCACUUCCUCUGAAGAGCUUCCUUUAUGUGACAGUGGCAGGUUUCAACAUGUUUCUUGAAGCUCAUUCAGCUGUUGCUGAGUUCAUCACAGCCGUCCUGGACGACCAGGAGUUGGUCCAGAAACUGAGAGACAGCAAAUUUGACUUGUUACUCACUGACCCCUGCUGGGGGGGAGGACCGGUUUUAGCCAAAUAUUUCAACCUUCCACUGGUUUAUAAUGUUCGCUGGGUUAUUCUUGAAGACAGUCACUUGGCUUUGGCACCGUCACCUAUUUCAUACAUUCCAAUGACUGGGUCGGGUCACACUGACAGGAUGACGUUCUUUCAAAGGGUCAAAAAUAUGUUAUGGUACGCUGCCAUUAAGAUGCAACUCAGGUCGGUGAUUCACAAAGUUUACCAGAAGCUGUGCGACAAGCAUCUUGGGCCGGGCCACGAUUACUACCAGCUCAUGAUGAGCGCAGAUAUCUGGCUGAUGAGGGCGGAUUUUGUGUUCGAGUAUCCUCGUCCAACGAUGCCAAACAUCGUCUACAUGGGAGGCUUCCAGUGCAAACCCGCUCGGCCUCUGCCCCAACAUUUAGAGGAGUUUGUCCAGAGCUCUGGGGAACAUGGGGUCAUCCUCAUGUCUCUGGGAGCGUUUGUGAAGGAACUUCCUCAAGACUUGACGGAGGAGAUCGCUGCAGGUUUCGCCAAGCUACCUCAGAAGGUCAUCUGGAGGUUUUCAGGGAAAAAACCUGCAACUCUGGGCAACAACACGAUGACAGUGGAGUGGAUGCCUCAGAACGACCUUCUGGGACAUCCCAAGGUUAAACUGUUUGUUGCUCAUGGAGGAACCAAUGGGGUGCAGGAGGCCAUAUAUCAUGGCGUACCAGUGGUGGGCUUACCUUUGUUUUUCGAUCAAUACGACAACCUGCUGCGGCUGGCUGACAGAGGAGGCGCCAAAAUCCUCAGCAUUAGAACUGUGGGAGAGGAUUUAGUGAACGCUGUUGAGGAAGUCCUGACUGAUCCGUCCUACAGAAGCAACAUGCAGAGACUCUCAAGGCUGCACCGAGAUCAGCCCAUGAAGCCCUUGGACACCGCCAUGUUCUGGAUCGAGUUUGUCAUCAGACACAAAGGAGCAGCUCACCUGAGAUCAGAGUCCAUCAACCUACCGUGGUACACCUACCACAGUGUGGACGUGCUGCUCUUCCUGGCUGCUGCUGCACUGCUGCUGCUCUCACUUCCUCUCUUCACUGUCAAGUUCUUGUUCACCAGGAUCUGUCGACGUAAAGUCAAAUGAGAAUAAGAAUCUACUUAGAUUAAUUAAGCAGGUUUUUAUUUAAGUGAAGUGGAUUUGAAGUACUGGUCACCAUUUUUGUACCGAUCCUCCUCUAAAAUUAAACAACUUCCUGCUUAGUGAUCAAAAUAAGAGAAAAGAAUUGAUACUGGAGUUCACAGUGCAAUGGAUGAAGGGGCAUUGAGCGUAAUAAUGACAUCCAGGUUUGAAGGUGGGCAACGACGAUUUCCACAAGAAUCCAUUUUGGUUUUGAUUCUAGCUAAAUUCUUAUUAUAAGCCAGUUCUGUUUGACGGGGAUGAAGCUUCACCCUAUGAUGUAUCACUGAGUGAUGAGAGCCUCAUGAGGACCUUUCUGCUGUCACUUCACCGGGAAACUGACUGAUGACCCACUGCCAGAUGUUCAUAAUUGAUUUGCCUGUUCUGAUUCGAAAGAAAUAAAUGAAAUUCAACUACAAAUAUGUUGUGUCUAGAAUGUAGCCAUCAGCGCAGCAGUGCUAUGUGGCUGAGCUCUGAGUUCUCUUUGCACACUGGAUAAAACCGGACAACAAAAGCAGA